AUGAUAGAAUUUUGCCAAGACUAUUAUAAAAACAAUGAAUUAGAGCAAGAAGCUAUUAAAGAAUAUCAAGACAUGUAUUGUUCAGAAGCAGCAAUCGAUUGUUAUACGCGAAAUACGUUUGUCUUUCGUUUAUUGAACAAAGCAUUUCGCACAGAAGACAUUGAUUACAUCUACAUAUUUCAUUGUACCAGGUCAAAUUGUGCAUCAGUAAUUUUUGAACUGGAUAUCGAUUACGUCAUACAAAAAAAACCGUUUGUUGAUAUCAAAGAAUCUAGUAACAAUAAAGAUGAAGAAGAAAUACUAUUUUCAAUGGUAACAAUAUUGAAGAUUAAAUCGGUGGAUUUUCACACAGCAUUAUCUCAAGAACAACGAAAACAACAUCAGUAUAAACUGAAAUGUUUGUUAGCAAAUGGUCCAUCUUUUUCAAAAUGUUUCAGUAAUAUUGGUGCUGCUUAUUAUAUGAAAGAUGAUUUUAAGAUGGCAUUAGAAUGCUUCGAGACAUCGCUUCUUCAUCAGUCAUCUACGCUUGAUUUAUCAGCAAUUUAUAACAAUAUUGCGGCAGUACACUAUGCCGGAGGAGAUAAUGACGGAGCUAGAACACACUUUAAUGAAGCAUUUGAUCUUGGCCUGAAAAUACUGCCAGAUAAUCAUCCAUGGAUUUUAGAUUAUACAAAAAAUUUUAAAAUAUUAUUGGGAUUGAUUAUUGUUAUAAUCGCACUCGGACUUGCACUAGGUCUAUUUAUAAUUGGCCUAUGCUUUUUGGCACUCGGUCCACUUUUAUUAUUCAUAUUUGUGGUGAUAUGUCUGAUUGUCCUCUUCGCCGGUUUAUUUUGGGCAUUUGGCUAUUACAGGAUGGCCGGCAGCAGACCAAAAUCGAGACGUCAAUAA